GCAAGCUUUACUUUAUAGAUUUGCCUGGGCCUUGACAGCCGCACAGUUUUUGUGUGAUCAACCCACACCGCACAACUCAUGCCAUGUGGAACUGUAGAUGAAUCAAGCCUUACGAUCGAGCUAGCACUAGCAGCGUCUUAGUUCGGCUAACAAGUGCCGCUGGUAGACAGCUGCGAUGCAAAGCUGCGGCGCGAAGUGGGUUCCUUGUUAUGCGCCUAGGAUUAAUUUCGAGAUUACUCACUGAGCAUCUGAGGCACUGCAAUAGGAUCUGCUGGUAGUAAAAGAUCUGAAGAAGAAGGGGAGUGCGGAUUCUCGACGUAGCUCUCACUUUAGACACUCAGGACAACCGAGGGUUCGAGCCAGAUCAUCCGCUCAGAAUGCGGACCCUCUUCAUACAAGGAGCCUUUCACCGACAUUGCCAGACGAGCGCUGUUCCAAAAGUUCUCAACAAGCUGGACUGCUGGGCUUUGCACCAUCAUACAUCAGCACUUGCACUGAUAGCAUCAGCAGUACUACGACCAACGUCCAUGCACGCGUUGACAGCUGGUAAUUGAGAGCAGCCUUGAGGCUUCCUAUCGUCGAGUUGCGCAGCGAGAGAAAAGUUUUCAAGGGAGAGCAUCUGGUUCCAGCCACUGUAAGUUUGGCGUCUCCUGUACAAAUUGGAGUGCCCAAAUAGAAUCGGAACUUGCCAGCUGUUAUUGGGCAUCUUGCCUCUGUGCUAUGCUCUAUUGCUCACUCGCGUAGCUCAAAGCUGAGCUUUUGGCGGGAUGGAAACCAGCCUAGAGAUUCCUAUAGAGCACUCCCCCCGGUUGGAGUUUCCUAGUCGCGUGACGCCUGAUGCGUUCCUUUCCACUAGCGUCACGACCACCGCAAGCUCAGUUACACCUCUGCCGGGACUGGUUUUAGAAUGGCCGGAAUCCUGGUUUGGUAAGGUUGACGUGUCACACUCGCAAGACUCGGUGAACAGCCCACAUGCGCAGGGGGGGGCCUAUGACAGCUGGCAAGAGGUUUCAGAUGGGGACUGCUCUGAGAGUGAAUACUGGGGGGGGGAGCUUAAGCGCGGGUGUCAAGGAGAGGGGAAAAGUCCAGAAGGCAAAAAGGGGGGAUCUGCGGGUAACUGCCGGAGACCGGAGUCUGGGUCAGAUCAUAGAAGGAGUAGCUUUGAAGUUGCUUAUAAGGUGGGAGAACGUGAAUUUGAUUGCCGGGAAGGUGUGUAUGAGGCAGGUUUGGGGUUGAGUGGGGCGCGUUUUACAAGCGAGCGAUCGCGAGAGGGUCAGUUUGGAACGGGGGUGUGGCCAGUAUCCGGGGGGGGAAGAGUUCAGUCAGACCGGCCAAGCGGUGUGGCGGAGAUGGAUUCCAAGCAACUCGGGCACUCCCCCUGCGGGGCAAACUCGGAGUCGCCUCUGGUGGGGGGUGUUUUGCGGAGGGGGGCGAGCAUCCCCUUCAUGUCGCUAGUCAGCACGCGAGCGAAGAUGCAUGCGGAGCUGCAAAGGCGGCCAAUAAGCGCGGUGGUCUCCGACUGGCGUAUCAAAUGCCACUGGGAUAUGGUGCUCGAUAAGGUGAGCGAGCUUAAUAAGCGAUGGGCGCAGCGCCGGGGGGGGCAUGAUCAGGGGAACCGGGAGGCGGGGGUGAUCGCACAGUGGUGGCAGGGCGUCAGGAGAAUAGAGGCGCACGGGGGGAAGAGUAUAUGGCAGGAGCUAUCGGGCGGAAGCUGGGAGAACAUGAAGUAG